UCAGCAUAAACUUACUACUCUCUGAUCAACUCCAUUACCUUAAGCCAUCUCUCUCUCUCUCUCUCUCUCUCUCUCUCUUCUAAUGGCAAUUCCAGUCAUUGAUUUCUCAAAGCUUGAUGGAGAAGAAAGGGCCAAGACCUUGAAUCAGAUAGCUAAUGGCUGUGAAGAAUGGGGAUUCUUUCAGCUGGUGAACCAUGGGAUUCCUGAAGAGCUCCUAGAGAGGGUAAAGAGGGUUUGUUCAGAGUGUUACAAGCUGGAAAGAGAAGAAAGUUUCAUGAGUUCAAAACCUGUAAAGCUCCUGAAUGAUUUGCUGGAAAACAAGAGCGGUGAGAAGCUGGAAAAUCUUGAUUGGGAAGAUGUCUUCCUUCUCCAUGAUAACAACGAAUGGCCCUCCAACAUUCCUGGAUUCAAGGAAACCAUGGCAGAAUACAGAUCGGAGCUGAAGAAGCUAGCUGAAAAGGUGAUGGCAUUGAUGGAUGAGAACUUAGGUUUACCUGAAGGAUACAUUAAGGCUGCCUUCAAUGGUGGCGAAGGGCUGGAAAAGGCCUUCUUUGGCACCAAAGUCAGCCACUACCCACCAUGCCCACACCCAGAGCUGGUGAAUGGCCUUCGUGCCCACACCGAUGCUGGCGGUGUCAUCUUGCUCUUCCAAGAUGACCAGGUGGGAGGCCUUCAAAUCCUGAAAGACGGGCAGUGGAUAGAUGUUCAGCCAUUACACAACUCCAUAGUCAUUAACACAGGUGAUCAGAUUGAGGUCCUGAGCAAUGGGAAAUACAAGAGUGUGUGGCACCGGAUUUUGGCCACCCCAAAUGGGAACAGGAGAUCAAUAGCUUCGUUCUACAACCCAUCACUGGAAGCCACCAUAGCCCCUGCAGCACAGUUGGUGGAUAAAGCAAACCAGGAGGUGGAAGAAGGAUAUCCUAAGUUUGUGUUUGGAGACUACAUGUCGGUUUAUGCUGAGCAGAAGUUCCUCCCAAAGGAACCAAGGUUUCAAGCUGUCAGGGCAGUGUGAUGGCCUUUCAUUCAAGGGUUUUCAUGCAGUAGUGACAAAAUUUGAAUAAUGCAACUUUUUCUUUCCACACCCCCUCCCCCCUCACAAAAAGAAA